AUGACAGAUUCACACCCGGAUCUAAGACAGCGACCGGACUCAACAAGUGCAUCGCGCAGUGAAUCUGCUGAUGAACGCAUGGACGAACUUAUCAAAGAGUAUAUGUCCGUG